GAUAAAGUGAGAAAAAGAGCGAGAGCGAGGGCCAAAAGAAGGAACAAGAAAGGGAGAGAGAGAGUUGUUGCUCACGAAGACGCUAACGACAAGAAGUUAAACAUUUUAGGCAUCAAGAUGUCCUCGGGUCACAGUAGCAGAAGUCGAGCAGUACACAUAAGCUCCAUUUUUCAAAAACUGCAGGGUCGCUUUGCUGAUGCCAUGACACCACCAAAACUUUCCACAGACAAGCGAAUGCUUGACAAAACUUGGAAAUUGAUGGAUAAAGUUGUAAAAUUAUGUCAGCAUCAGCGAAUGAAUCUCAAAAAUUCGCCACCUUUCAUACUCGAUAUAUUACCAGACACAUAUCAGAGGCUCAGACUCAUUUAUAGCAAAUACGAAGAUCGUAUGCAUGUGCUCCAUAAUAAUGAACAUUUUUGUGUUUUUAUAAACAAUUUAAUGAGAAAGUGUAAGCAGGCAAUUAAGUUAUUCAAAGAAGGCAAGGAGAAAAUGUUUGACGAAUCAUCUCAUUAUAGAAGAAAUUUGACAAAACUUAGUUUGGUUUUUAGUCAUAUGCUGUCAGAGUUAAAGGCCAUCUUUCCCAAUGGAGUAUUUGCUGGUGAUCAAUUUCGCAUUACUAAAUCAGAUGCUGCUGAAUAG